UAUGCGCGCCUCGUGAUUUACGGGAGGAACGUGACUGGACGUGACGACGACGGCACGGCAAUGCGCCGCCGUCCAUGCAUGGCGACGAUGAAAUAACGCUUUCACGAGCGCGCGAAACGAUAUAAUCGUGGAGAGAACCGAUCGGCGGAGAACACGGCAAUGCGCAGCGUAAUUGUGAUGUGUCCGUGCAAUACUGUCAACGGUCAGAUCCUCGCUCUUCUCUGCAGAUGUUUCUCGGUGCCAGGUGCCUAGAACACAGCCUGCAAAAUGGGAAAAUUGUUGUCGAAGAUCUUUGGCAACAAGGAAAUGCGCAUCCUAAUGUUGGGAUUGGAUGCGGCGGGUAAAACUACAAUAUUGUAUAAACUUAAACUAGGACAGUCUGUGACAACUAUACCAACUGUAGGAUUCAAUGUAGAAACAGUUACCUAUAAGAAUGUUAAAUUUAACGUGUGGGAUGUAGGUGGUCAAGAUAAAAUACGUCCGUUAUGGCGUCAUUACUAUACAGGAACGCAAGGACUUAUUUUUGUAGUAGACUGCGCGGAUCGGGAUAGGAUCGACGAAGCCCGCCAAGAACUUCAUCGAAUCAUAAAUGACAGGGAAAUGCGGGAUGCGAUCAUUUUAAUAUUCGCGAAUAAACAAGAUCUUCCGGAUGCUAUGAAACCGCACGAAAUACAGGAGAAACUGGGAUUAACUAGGAUACGAGAUAGAAAUUGGUACGUUCAGCCAUCUUGUGCCACAACGGGAGACGGGCUUUACGAGGGCCUUACGUGGUUAACCAGUAAUCAUAAAUUAUGAGCAAAUAUUUAUUUUUCACAAAUUAGCUAUAUAUACAGAGAAUACACGUUUGCUUUGUAUUUUUUAUUUUUAAUUUAUCAUGUGGAGGCUCCCGUUAAGACGAACAACUGACAAUGAUACAUUUGACGACAUCUUUUUUACGAGUAAAGUUAUCACAGGUGCAAAAGGGGAAAAAACAAACAAUAUAAAGAUAACUAUUAAUGGUGUGUUCCAAUAAUACUGAUACUAGAUGAAUAGUAAUUUAUUGUAAACGAGGUACCAAGGGACGUGACCUUUGUUAUGCUAGCUAUUUAUCCCAUUUCAUGGAAAUAAUUAUUGAAUAGAGUUACGCUAGCGGGUUUAAUAUCGCUCUGUACAUGUAACAUAUUCACACAAGUGUACUGUUUCAUGAGACAUACAAGUUGUACAAGUUUAAAAAGAAAAAGAAAAAAUUUACGAGAAUCUAGUUAUGAUAUUACACGAGGUUCACAGAUUCACAAGGAUUGGUAUACUGUAUAACUUACCUUUGCAGGAUCAUAUCUAAUAUCUAUGUAACUGUUAUUUGAGCGGAGUUGCGUUUCUCGAGCGGAAAGUACCUCAGGUUUUUUAACGAAACGCGGCUAGAUUUUUAACUUCGCAAUAUCUUGUUGUCAAAAAGGCUAUCUCUAAUGUGUACUAUAUAAUAUUCAUACAUACAUAUAGCCCGUGAGUAUAAUACGUAAAUAAAUUUACCAUACCUACAUUGAGGCUUUAUAUAGUACAGCGACAUUAUUUCGUUAGUAAACAUUUUUGCUAUUUAGAGUUCUGUGCCGAAAAAUUGCUUUUAAUUUAUUUUUUUUUCUUUUUUGGAUAAUGUCUUCCAACGCGCGUAUUUUAAUUAGCUCCCUUAAUUAGCAUCUUUUUCCGCUUAUCGUGAUCACGGGUGGUCGAAAUGCGAUAAUAUCUAAUCAUCAGACUUAUUAUGAUUACGCACAAGUCACAGAGUAUAGGAAGCAAUGCAAUAAGGAGUUAUCGGUUUACUGAUAUUGUGAGCUCAAAAACCAAAAAAAAAGAAAAGAAAAGCGAGGAAAGGAAACAAUGUUACAAAGAACGUAACAGCAUUGAAUCUGCCAAUAUUUUUUACUGUUUAAGUGAGUAUUGGAUAAUAAAGCAUAUUAGUAUUAGGUCGCAACGAUCGGAUCGUUAAGAGCAACAUUUUAAACGGAUGAGAUAAAUGUUUCCGUUUCAUUUCUCAUAGCAUAAUCCAUAGAGUAAGACUAGUAAGAAUAUACUUCGAGAUUCAUAAUUGAUUCGUAGAAGUUUACAAGUGUUCAAAAUGUUUGUGUAUGAUUAUCGAAUCAAAUUGAGUUACGAGUAAAUAAUAGCGAUGAUAUAUCUUUGUAAUUCAUGGAUGCAUUGACACCUUGUUUACAUUCCAUGGUACAUUAGCGAAUUAGACUAUUAGAGAAACAUUUUUAGUUAUAUGAAUGAUCUUCACAAUUGGAUUAUAACAAGAGAUCUUUCCAGACGUAAGUUUGUACAACUUUCCCAACAUCCGUACCAUUAAUAUUAAGUACUCAUUUAACUCACUUAAGAGAUGGUGUGAAUGUUGAACGCAUCGUCUGUAUAAAAAUCAUAAUCAGGCUUUGGAAAUGCUGAACUGUUUUCCAGAGAACGUUAGAUAUAUUACCUAGCACUCUAUGGUCACGUAUUUGUACAAUUUCAUGAACGUAAUCUCUACAUUUUUUAACACUGUUUCAAGCAUCGGUAUCAUUAUCAUGUACUCUCUCUCUCUCUUUAAUGAUAUAAAAAAAUAUAUGUAAUUGUGUUACGUUUUAUCAUCAGCUUUAGCAGAAGCCAUUUUCUUAUUAAAUGUGAUGUUAUGAUGUUAAUUGACGAACUUUUAUGUAUAUAAAUAUGUUUGAUAUAUUCCAGUUUAUGUCGAGCGUCUUAUAUGUUCCACAUAUCCAUACUAAUAUGCUAUAAAGAAAAAAAUACAAAUACUAAUACAAAUAAUAUAAAGAAGAAAUACAAUAACGAAUUACAUAUACGCGAAAAGUUUCUCGAGGACUAAUAGAAAAUAUUAUUUCACGGCAGUUUUGAUAGAAAAAAAAGGUUUAUAUAGGCAAGAAAAAAAAGUCGCUCUAAAAAGACAAUAUAAGUUCCAGAAGGAAAAUAAAUUUAAAUCUUUUUACAUAUAUCUGUUUAUUAAAUAAAUAAACUAUUUCACUUUUUAGCAUUGAGGUAAAUAAGUCAGAGAUAAUUCUAAAUUAUCAACUAUUUUGCUUCACUAAUAUCCAAAGCCUGAACGUAGCGAGAAUUUUACAGCAUUAAAGAAAAACCUAUGAUUAGUUUGUAGGAGUAAUUACUGUAAUUUUGUUACUACACGGCCAAUUAUGUCCAGUAGCAAUUUAAUAAAUUAAUGUGUUGUAGAGUUAAAGUUAUAAGUUUCAGAGAUAAAAUAAUGAAAAGGCCAAUGAAAGAUUACAAAUCUUGGACUCUAAAAUACAUGGUUUCCAAACUCAGUUCGGUGAAGAAAUUAUUUGAACAAAUAGUUUUGUUACGAUAUUGCGUUGCACUUGUCUUGCAGAAUAAAACAUUCGUAAAUAUUUAGAGUACAGUUGUGUCAUUUGAUACAAUUUUUAGGUAAUUUGAUAUUAUCAAUGUUACAUAGAGACCCUAAAAGUUAUUGCUAUUGAGAGAUUGAUGCGCUGGAGAUUUUUACUCAAGAUACUCAAGAAAAGGCAUACAAUAACGUGUCAUCCCUUUUAUUUAUACAUACACAUAGAUAUAUAUAUAUACCUAUUCUUUCGGUUAGAAGAAUAUCCAGGUGUGAUUUGCCAUUUAGAAAAUAAACGACAUUUGAUAAGUA